AUGGCUUUAAAGCAAGAAACCCAGAUACGAUUGGCUGCGCUGCAGAAGGCGACUGAGUUACAGAAAACGCUUGCGAAGAUCAGGACUGCGUCUCCCAAACUUCCCAGAGAGGAUUUAUUCUGGAUUCCGGAUAACAAAAAGGUGUCCGUUGUGUAUCUGGUCUUCAACCCCGAUGGACAAGUCAUUUCCACCAAGUCUCACACGUGUCUCCGGAACGAAGGCAUAAAGGACAUUUCCAACAAUAUAGGUGGGAAAGAUCCGGUUCCUGAUUCCAAAACAGCCAAGAGCACCGAAAAGAAGACCGAGAGUUUAGACCUUGAUCCAGAUUCGCGUUCGGAUGCACAAAAUGAGCCGGUGGAUUCAGUGAGCAGAGGUUCUGGGGGAAGCAGCGCAAGGAAAGAGGAGAAAUCAUCACAACCAUUCAUUGUGCUGAGCCAGGACGAGUAUGCGGAGCACCAUUCCUCCAUCAUGCACUGCAGGGUCGACUGCUCCGGGUGCCGGGUGGCUAGUCUGGAUGUUGACGGGGUGAUUAAAAUCUGGUCUAUUGAUGGCAUCAUGCAGACAAAAGCUUCCGCCAUCUCCAAGUCGGCUCUGCUCUCCCUGGAAUGGGCGACAAAGAGAGACAGACUGAUGGGUUGCAAGUGGACAGCCAGACAAAACUGCCCAAAUGAGGAUUUCUUUGUCCCCAGUGCUGUCUGAGGACCACAGAUAUAUUUGAAUAACAUCAUAAUCCGUGCCAUCAGCCUCAUGAGUUGCAGCCAAUGAUUGGCCAAAAAGGCAUCCAUCCAUCCAUUUGCCUAUACCUGAGCACAUACACACUAGGUUGACAACCAUCUCAUUGAGGUCAACCUUUCCAAGGUCACCCAUCCAGAGAACAAGAAAACAAAACCAUGAUAGUUCUAAUUCUAUGAGUUGGGAACCAAAAUUGGAUCUCUGUGCAGUUCAUGUGGGUCUCAGUGAAGUUCCUUCUACACCAGUAUUUAAAAUAAGGCACAUCAUUACUUCUGAGCCAAUGCUGGGGUCACAACGCUUACUCCAACUGGGUCCUCUAAGAAACCAUUCCCUGCCAACCCAACUGCCAAUUCAGCCUCAUGAGUUGCAGCCAAUGAUGCCCAAAAUGGCAUCCAUCCAUUUGCCUAAACCUGAGCACAUACACACUAGGUUGACAACCAUCUCAUUGAGGUCAACCUUUCCAAAACCACCCAACCAGAGAACAAGAAAACAAAACCAUGAUAGUUCUAAUUCUAUGAGUUGGGAACCAAAAUUGGAUCUCUGUGCAGUUCAUGGUGGGUCUCAGUGAAGUUCCUUCUACAUCAGUAUUUAAAAUAAGGCACAUCAUUACUUCUGAGCCAAUGCUGGAGUUGCAACGCUAACUCAAACUGGGUCCUCUAAGAAACCAUGCCCUGCCAGCCAAACUGCCAUUUCAGCCUCAUGAGUCACAGCCAAUGUUGCCCAAAAAGACAUCCAUUUGCCUUUACCCUUUGCACAUAAACACUAGGUUGUCAAUUAUCUCAUUGAGGACAACUAUCCAAUUGGGCCUCCAUACGGUUCAUAGUGGGGCUCAGGAAAGUUCCUGCUACAUCAGUAUUUGAAAUAAGGCACAACUAUCCAAUUGGGCCUCCAUACGGUUCAUAGUGGGGCUCAGGAAAGUUCCUGCUACAUCAGUAUUUGAAAUAAGGCAAAACCACCCAACCAGAGAACAAGAAAACAAAACCAUGAUAGUUCUAAUUCUAUGAGUUGGGAACCAAAAUUGGAUCUCUGUGCAGUUCAUGGUGGGUCUCAGUGAAGUUCCUUCUACAUCAGUAUUUAAAAUAAGGCACAUCAUUACUUCUAAGACAAUGCUGAGGUCACAACACUAUCUCCAACUGGGUCCUCUAAGAAACUAUUCCCUGCCAGCCCAACUGUCAAUUCAGCCUCAUGAGUUGCAGCCAAUGAUGCCCAAAAAGGCAUCCGUCCAUUUGCCUGAACCUGAGCACAUACACACUAAGUUGACAACCAUCUCAUUGAUGUCAACCUUUCCAAAGUCACCCAUCCAGAGAAUAAGAAAACAAAACCAUUCACAUGAUGAGUCUAAUUCUAUGAGUCACCCAUCCAGAGAAUAAAAAAACAAAACCAUGAUGGUUCUAAUUUUAUGAGUUGGGAAGCAAAUUUUGGUCUCUGUGAGGUUCAUAGUGGGUCUCAGAGAAGUUCCUGUUACAUCAACAUUUGAAAUAAGGCAGAUCAUUACUUCUUGCCCAAAAAGGCAUCCAUUUGCCUAAACCUGAGCACAUAAACACUAGGUUGACAACUAUCUCAUUGAGGUCAACCUUUCCAAAGCCACCCAUCCAGAGAAUAAGAAAACAAAACCAUUAGCAUGAUGGUUCUAAUUCUAUGAGUUGGGAACCAAAAUUGGUUCUCCAUACGGUUCAUGGUGGGGCUCAGUGACGUUCCUGCUAAAUCAGUAUUUGAAAUAAGGCAGAUCAUUACGCUAACUCCAACUGGGUCCUCUAAGAAACCAUUCCCUGCCAGCCCAACUGCCAAUACAGCCUCAUAAGGGGCAGCCAACGAUGCUGCCCAAGAUUUCCAGAACCUUUUCUGACGGGAACAUUCUAGCAUUUUAGUCACCGAUAUUCCAUCAUUGGAAACUUUCAACAAGAAAACCUUAUUCGUCUGUGCUCAAGUUGAUGCUACACAUAAUAGAAAGACAUAGGCUUGGAGGUCCUUGGGGAAUUUAUUUUUUGCUUCAUUCAUGUCAACAAUGAGAAUCUAACAAGCUGGAGAUGGCUGGACCACCUUGGGGGUGAAGUAUGAAGGCACAGAAUGAAGAAAUCUGAUGCAUGGAGACAAUUCCAUUUCUAAGGCUUUGCCAUUUUGUAUCUACUGUUUAAAUUUCAUAUUGUUACAUGAAUGUUCUUCAAACAUGUUCUACCGCCCCUGAAAUCUUUCUAAAUGUUACCGGUGAACCAUUUAUCUAGAUAUCUAGAUUUAUCAUGGAAAGAUAUAGCUCCAUACUGUGCAGGCACCCAUAAAUGUCAACAUAGUCUUAAAUCUGGACACUAUCCCACUGCUCUUAGACUGUUUUUAAAAUAACCCAUCCCAGACUGUAUAGUUGAUUGUAUAACUUUGGAAGAUAUGGAGCUAUUUACUCACAUAAUUGCACCUGCUUUUCUUUUGAUACCAUGUAACUACUCAGUCGGAGGACCCAGCUGGGUUCCAAAGCAUUUAAGAAGAAGGUUGACAUGAGGAAAUUUAUCUCCUACACGGCUUGCAAGCCAUCGACACAGAAUAGCGCAAACUUGUUUCGGUAAUAUGAAAAUGCUUCAGGCUGAGCAUAUGAAAUUGUUUGGCAGUCCCUUUACUGACAGACCCCUUCCCUGUGGUUAUUUACCAUUCAUACCUGUUUCCAAAGAAUCUGUUGUCAGCCUUAAAUCCUGUUAGAAAUCAUCAGGAGGGAAAUGAAUCAUCGUUGGCUUGGUUUAUUGUCCGCCAGUGGGUGAAGACACCUCUGUUUGAACAAAUGUUAAAUUGACUCCAGGUAGGCAAUGAGGCUGAGGAUGAGGGGACCUGUGAAGAUGCUAAUUUCCACAGGGAGAUGAUGGUAUCUAGGUCAACUUUGACCUUGUUCAUCUGUAGGGCUGAUGGGUGCCUUUUCUGAUCAGAGGU